AUGCUUUUCUUGGCUGAUGUGCUGCGUUGUCUUUUCGGUUUUUCCAAUUUCUUGGUCCACGUGAUUGAUGAACGUAACGGAUGGCGAUUAAAGGUUCCUGGGGACAAGAGUUAUUCAGCCCCUGAGUUUGAACCCCAUUUCUAUCGCGAAGGAGCUCCGGUAUCGACAUCAGUCUUUGGAGGGCAUAAUAUUGUAGUGAGAGCCUGUCUAUCUAUCUAUCUAUCUAUCUAUCUAUCUAUUUACAAAAGACUAAAUAUUCUAUCUAUCUAUCUAUCUAUCUAUCUAUCUAUCUAUCUAUCAGGAUUAACCUAUAUUAAAAUUUUGUGGGAUGGACAAUCAUUCCAUGCUGUUACACAUUUGGACAAUUUGGCUGUUACACCGAUUAUAUCUAUCUAUCUAUCUAUCUAUCUAUCUAUCUAUCUAUCUAUCUAUCUAUCUAUCUAUCUAUUUAAUUAUGCUAUAUCUGAGUCUGUUCUGAAUAUCUAUCUAUCUAUCUAUCUAUCUAUCUAUCUAUCUAUCUAUCUAAGUCUAUUCAUCAUAUCUACCGAUUUAUUUAAUUUGGUAUAUCUGAGUCUGUUCUGA